GAGGCGGCAUGGUUCCGGUGGCGCCGGGCUCGCACCAGUUCAACGGGAGAGUGACGGCGUACGUCAUCCUCUCCAGCCUCGUGGCGGCGAGCGGCGGGCUGCUGUUCGGCUAUGACAUCGGCAUCACAGGCGGGGUGACCAACAUGGAUGGAUUUCUAGAGGCCUUUUUCCCCGCGGUGCUGAGCAAGAAGCUGUCGGCGCACGAGAACUCGUGGUGCAAGUUCGACUCGCAACUGCUGCAGCUCUUCACGUCCUCGCUCUUCAUCGCCGGCAUCUUCGGCGGGCUCAUCGCGUCCGUUACCACGUCGCGCUUCGGCAGAGUGCGCACGAUGCUGGUGGGCGGCAUCUUCUUUCUUCUCGGCGCCGCGCUCACGGGAGCAGCCGUCAACAUCGAGAUGCUCGUGCUCGGUCGAGUGCUGCUCGGGCUCGGCGUCGGCUCCGCCAACCAGGCCGUGCCUCUGUAUCUCUCGGAAAUGGCGCCGGCGCAGCUGCGCGGCGCGCUGAACAUGAUGUUUCAGAUGGCGACGACGCUGGGCAUCGUGGGCGGGCAGCUCAUCAACUACGGCACGGCGCACCUGCACCCCUGGGGCUGGCGCCUCUCGCUCGCGCUCGCCGCCGUGCCUGCCGCCGUGCUGACGGCGGGAGGCUUGUUCCUCCCGGACACGCCCAACAGCCUCGUGGAGCGUGGCCAUGCAACCCGCGGCCGCCAGGUGCUGCAGCGGAUUCGCGGCGUCGAAGUGGACGUGCAGGAGGAGUUCGACGAGAUUCAGCGCGCGUGCAACGCCUCGAAGACGGUCAAGGCCCCCUUCUUCGCCAUCUUCCGCCGAAAGUACCGGCCCGAGCUCACUUGGGCGAUCUUGAUCCCGGUGUUCCAGCAGCUGACGGGCAUCAACGCCAUCAUGUUCUACGUCACGCCGCUCUUCCAGUCGCUCGGCUUCGGCGACAGCGCGUCGCUGCUGACCACCGUCAUCACGGGCGCCGUCAACGUCGUGGCCACGCUCGUCUCCAUCCUCACCGUCGACCGCUUCGGCCGCAAGUCGCUCUUCCUCGUCGGCGGCGUGCAGAUGGUCCUCGCGCAGGUGGCGAUCGGCGUGUUGCUGGGCACGACGUACGCGAGCGGGACGGGCAGUCUGUCGAGCGGGUACGCGACGGCCGUGGUGGUGGUGAUCUGCGUGUACGUGGCGGGGUUCGCGUGGUCGUGGGGGCCGCUAGGGUGGCUGGUGCCGUCGGAGAUCCAGCCGCUGGAGACGCGGUCAGCGGGGCAGAGCAUCACGGUGGCCGUCAACUUCAUCUUCACCUUCGCCGUGGGCCAGGCCUUCCUCUCCAUGCUCUGCCACUUCAAGUUUGGGAUUUUCCUCUUCUUCGCGGCGUGGGUGGUGGUGAUGACUGUCUGCGUGAUGCUGUUCCUGCCCGAGACCAAGGGCGUGCCCAUCGAGGAGAUGGCGGGCGUGUGGCAGCGCCACUGGUUCUGGAAGCGGGUGGUCCCUGAUGCCGCACAACAAGGAGCAGCUGUCAAGGCAGAAAAAGGAGACAAGAAUCAGGCUGUCAGUGCAAGCAGCAAUGGUGCCAUGGAGGAGAAGGCAGUUGUCUCAGGUGUCUGA